AUGGUCCGUAUCUCCAAACUCGCUACUGUUGCCUGCCUUUCCGUCGUUUCGGCAGCUCCUGCUGCUGAGGACACUCUCAGCCGACUGCAUCUUCUGACUUCUCGUCAUCUUGCUCAGUUCCCCUCCGAGGAUCAGAAGGAGAUCACUAAGCGGUUCAUUGACGACUUCCACGCCGUUGCCGUCCAGGAGCGAGCCAUCUCUGACGUGCUGACUCUCAUCGACCUGUUUGGAGAUAUCACCACCAAGGGUAUUAAGUUCUUCACCCAGAGCUUUACAGCCUUCUGGAACGGAGACAAGAAGACCCUCAGCCAGUCCAUCACCACCUUCCUUCUCCAGGCCCAGGGCUUCCUCAACGACUUCGUCUCUUGGUUGCAAAGCUACAACGGUCUUGGAGGAUUCACCAAGAUCUUUGCCGACAUUUUCAUCAAAUCUGGACUCAAGAGCUUUAUUACCACCGCCGGUCUGGCCAUCUUGCAGCUCACCGACUCCAUUUUGAACUCCGACUGGUCUGCUCAGAGCUGGGCUGCUGACCUUAAGAACCUCCAAAACACUCUCAAGAGCGUUAGUCAGCAACUGGCGGCCGGCUUCCCUACUAUUGAAAACGUCCGAGAUACCAUUCUGUACUCCCGAAACGCCAUUCGAGGUCUUCUUGGUCUUCCUGAGGUGAAAUCCUAG